AUGCCACCAGUAAUCGACCACUAUGGCAGAACUCAUUUUGAGUUGGUCGGCUUCCUCCUCCUCAGUCUAUCCAUAAUUGAUCUUAUUGUUCUGCUGACCGCUCUUCCCACAUUCUCCCUUUAUAAACUCCCAUUCCUUCCUGGCUACCAGAAAAUUGGCUCUUUUCACACUAUUCUGAGCGCAUUUUGUAUUGUUUACGUCUAUCCGAUUGGGUGUACGGCGAAGAUGACGAGUCAGUACAUAAUCGUGUUGAUCGCUGUGGAGAGGUGGUUUGCCGUUUGUCGACCACUUCAAGUACAAGUUUGGUGCACGUUGAGGAAUACGAUUCGAGCGAUGAUCUAUAUCGUUGUGAUAGCUGUAAUGUUCAAUGCUCCGAGAUUCUUGGAAUUCACGGCGGACCUCUCCACCGGUAUCGUCAACAUGGGUCUCUCCCACAGCGCCAAUAACAAGUGGUACUUUAUUCUCUAUUACGGAAUUCGUUCCAUAUUCUUCGACACCUUAAUCCCAUUUGCCGUGAUAUCCGUCACAAAUAUUCAAGUAAUUGCCCAGCUCAAAAAGUCAAACGAAGAACGGAAAUUGUUGACAACUCAGCAACAGAAAGACAAGAAAACCACUACAAUGUUGUUAGUCAUGGUAAUAUUAUAUGCCUCCUGUCAUAUGUUCAACACGAGUUUGAAGUUUGUAAAUCUCAUUUUCAAGACAUACGCUCAGUUUCAGUUUACCCUAUUUCGAGUCCUCCAUCACAUAUCCAACCUACUACUUGUCACUUACUCCAUGUCUACUUUCUUCAUUUAUCUAAUAUUCUCGGUCAAGUAUCGGCAAGUAAUUGCCGCGGUUGUCUCAUGCAGGAAUAUGGAGGAGUUGGCAACAAACUCGAGUCGUGGGAGAAUGAAGCAAGUGAAGACCACCUCAUCAAAUGGAUAUAAACCAAUCAAAAGUGUGUGA